UCCUUUCCACCUAACAAGUAAUGGUUAAUAUUCAACACUUUUGGAGGCAAAUUUUAUCCAGAAUUUAUCUUCAGCCACUUGUACAAAGCAGGACUCGAGUGUAAUAAAAAUUUGCAAAAAGUAAACCUUGAACCUGUAAAAGGAAGGAGCUGGUUUACACUGUGCCCUGGGCAAACUAAAAAGCAAGUCAGCGUUUUUCAUCGACAAUAGAAUAUAAUUAAUUCUUUUAUGACGUAGUAAUGAAACAUAAUCCGUCUCACAGAACAGAAUUAAGUGCAAGUUUUCUUGUUCAGGUAGAAAGCGUACAUAGACUUUGAACAUUUUUCACGUUUUGUUCUCUGAGAAUAUCAAAAUAAAAACUAGAUUUUGUUCUCUGAUAAAUAUCAACAUAGUUCCCGGUACCCAGGCCUUCUCUCCGUAUUUCGUCAACAAUAUUAAUCCCUGCACAAGCAAGUCAUGACCAGUUCAAUGCUGCAGCUUGGAGAGCGAAGGACGUUAAUUAAGGAAAGUUGUCAUACAUUGUAGAAACUUGAUUACAACGAAGCAUCGAUAUGUAAGCAACUUUUUAUUUAAUAUUUUCUCGCAAACAUUUGUGAAGAUGGAAGAACGACGAAAAUUUGGAGAGCCUGAAUCUUAGUAGGGGAAACCCCUCUUGCACAGGAGAAAUUGCUGAGCUGACGAUUUUAUAUGGGCCAAACAAUUGAAUUUUAAAAGUUGACUUGGAAGAGGCUCGUUGAAGCAAUGAAAGAGAAACCUUCAUAUUAUUCCAUACAAGUAUUUCCUCUGAAUUUUCAGCUUGGGUUUGCAAAUUUUACCUCGGGCGAAAAUCUUGUUUAUGCUAUUUAGGCUAUGAAUGGCAUUCUGCAUGUUUUGGCAAAAAUUGCGAAAGAAAGAUGACCAAGAUGUUUUUAAAGACCGAUUAAUUCCUCCCAAGCAUGCUUGAGUUAUGCCAAAAUCUAUGUCUUUGAAAAAUAUGUUAUUAGUGUCUUUUUUAUUAUAUCCCCAUUCACUUAUGAAUAACUUAUGUUUCACCAGUCAUGUUUCACCAGUUAUCAUCAAACGCAGCGACAGAAACCUACGAAAACACGCCAGUGGACGUUUUCUUUCUUUUGAAACAAGUAAGAGGAAAAAAUAUGGUUAGUUUAAUGACUGAUAUGGACUUAGCCUCAAGGCCAUGAUACGAUGAACAUGGUAGUUUCCACUGGUAGACACGCUGUCGCUGGUUAUCGUUGCAUGGUUAUACAGUAUCAACGCAGGAGAUUCCAAUUCCAUGGGAAAUGUACGAACAAUCUUUCUGAACAAUCUUAGCUAACAUGCAAUUUUGAAAUCGAAUAGGACUAGUUAGAACUUAUUAGAAUGAAAUAUGUGAGAUGACCCGUGAUCAUCUCAGACGGGAACAUCUUUCCACUACGGGGUUUCAAUGUAUCUGCUGUAAGUAUGGAUGUAUUGUAUUAGCUGAUGUACCAAGUCAAUCUAUUAUUGUGUAUUGUUAACCGAAAGCCACACCUCUUGAAUAUUACCUUUUUAUACAAAAUUAGAGGCUUAGCUAGGGCUUUCCCAGGAAAUAUUUAGCAUGAAUCUUGUCUCGAGUCACACUGCUGGCCCCCUCCUUCCCUAAAAUCCUGGCUACGCCUCUAACUUACUCUGCAAAUGUUUGCCUGAUUGUAUUUAAUACCUAGCUCAGAAAUAUAAUCAAAUUAUUGUUACUAGAUAUGAAACAAUUUCAUAUUUCUAGAAUGACUGGGACGAAAAUUACGGACGGAGACCGAAAGAGAAUUGACUCGAAGUUCAUCUGCAUUAUUUGUCAUUUCCUGUUGUUCGAACCAGUGCAGACCAUCUGUGGUCAUCUCAUGUGUCUGUCGUGUUUUGAAACCUUGCUUGGGAGUUCAACUCCAAGAUGUCCUGAAGAUGGUGAAGAACUAAGUAAAGAAAAAGCAUUUUCUGAUGCUUUCACAAAACGUGAGCUUAAUAGUCUUGAAAUACAUUGUGCAAAUCCCGAUUGCACGUGGACUUCUAGCUACGAUAAACUAGAGAUCCAUUCUCAGGUCUGCGAACAUGCAAUUAUACAAUGUGUCCAUUCCCAGUGCAAGAAUAAAAUCAAACGCUCUCACUUGGGUGAACAUUUGAAGAAGGAAUGUGAAUAUCGGAGUGCUAGCUGUCAAUAUUGUCGUAAAGAUGUUGCAUUUGCCUCGAUGAAGGAACACGUCGCUACGAGCUGUGAAGCUGCACCUGUCACUUGCAAAUAUUGUAAACAAAAAGUUCUACGAAGAGACCUUGAAGAACACAAAAAGUUGGUUUGUGAUGAAAUUCCGGGAGAGUGUAUUUUCAAGGCUGUGGGCUGUAAUCAGGAGAUUGUGAAACGGAAAGAGUUAGAGCAACAUAUGAGCAACAGGAUCAUCGAUCAUGUUCGUCUUCUACUGCAGUUCGUAUUUACUUUUGCUUCCCAACUCAAAGACUAUAUUCCCCGUCCGGAAUUCACCGGUAUCAUGCAGAAAAUACGAAGCGACAUCACCGAGGUUCGUUCUGGCGUCGCUGAAAAAUUUGUCCUGCUUGUCGAGAAAGUGACUGGUCUUGAAAGACGAGUUGAAGGUUUGGAGUCAAACGGUCAGGGUGAUGCAGGGAUAGAAAGGGAUUUUCAUGAGCUGGUGGGGAAAGUUCGGGAUCUGUCCACUGAAUCAGGGAAUUUACGUGAACGACUUAUAACAUUGGAACGAGAAUUGAGGGAGAAAUCUUUACAUUUUGAACGUUUUCGAAGCAGAGCUGAUCAAGUCGAUGAAGCUCUUGCUCUGAAUACAGUAAAAAUCACCGACUUGGAAUCGCAACGAGGACCAAGUGCACAACAACGUAUCCAUAGUUACAAUGGUACCUUACUGUGGAAGAUUGAAGGAUAUCAAAGAAAACGUCAGGAUGCUAUCAAUGGAGUGAAGACGGCCUUGUAUAGUCCACAUUUCUACAGCGCUCAGUACGGGUAUAAAAUGUGUGCAAAGAUCUAUAUGAACGGAGAUGGAUUUGGAAAAGGAUCGCAUUUGUCCUUGUUCUUUGUGGUCAUGAAAGGUGAUUAUGACGCCCUUCAAACCUGGCCGUUUCAAAAGAAGAUUACCAUGAUGCUCUUGGAUCAAGGUAACGGUGAUCACAUGGUCGAUGCGUUUCAUUCUGACCCCCAAAGUUCCUCUUUUCAACGCCCAAGGUCUGAUAUGAACAUCGCCAGUGGUUCCCCAUUGUUUAUGCCGAUUGAUCAUUUGGAUAAUCGUCAGUAUAUCAAAGAUGACGUGAUUUUUAUCAAGAUCAUCGUAGAUUAAGAAGGCCUCUCCCCUCCUUCGGCAACCACCUUGACGCGGUGGAGGGGCUUGUGUGCCUCAAUGAUCCUCAAAGAUUAUGACAGGAGCACCCAAGACAGAGAGGUUGAGAGGCCAGACAAAGAGUAGCCGGGGUUUUUUUAAGGUUUCACCGAAGACGAAGUGAACAAAAAAUAAAUAUUUAGUAUUAAGUACAAAACCAAUAGAGUAUACUUUCCUCCGGUUGCUCAGUUUCAAUUUAGAUUUCAUUUAAAAACAAACUUAUAUCGUUGUAGUUUUUAGUAUGUUUGGAUUAACUUCAAGCACAUGUAAGUGUUAAAUUAUUUACGAUCUUUUUCUAUCCUAUAGUAACAGUACUCAAAUCUAUAUAUAUCUUUGAGACUUUAAGUGUAAUCCUUCAUGUUAGUUUUUAUAUAGCCCGCCGAAAUAAAAAGUUACUCACUGGAUUUCCUAAAUUAGUAUCAUGCCUUUAUUCAGCAAUCAAUUUGUCUGACAGCCAGUUUCAUUAACUGUGGUUCUACCAAGACGUUUAACUGGUGACCUUUUGGUAGCAUGGAUGUACGGGGCAAUAAUUGGAGAUACUUUUACAAUACUAUCAUCCCAGACUAUGACAGGGUUGCCUAGCAACGGAUUUUGACGAAAAUCAAUACCGGUUGCAGAGAAGCUCAAGGUUCGCAUCAAUUUUAUUGGCACAAAACUUCGCUUUUUGGACCAGUACAGACUCGAACAAGUCUAGAC